CCGAUCACACAAGUGUCCGCGCCAGUUCGACACCUGCCUUCGUAGCGUGAACAACUCACGGCUCAUGGUCUGAACUUUUGUCUUUGUGGUAAGGCAUCAGCGAAGGACCUGGAGAAGAUGGUGUCUGUGGUGCCUUUCGUUAUAGUGGCUACAGUGACAUUUACAGUGUACGGCAAGGAAUCGACCCGGCACGAACUUUUGCGUGGUCAUCAGAUAUGGCAGUUAUCAGGCGACGUAGGCGCUGUGCCGCUGGAGCUCAUGCAGGAGGGGCUGCUGGAUAUCCUGGAACAUUCUGGGACUUCCAAGAAGGUCCGCGUCCCCUUUCAGACCCUCGAGGAAGCUCGGAGACUCCUGCAGGAGAAGGGCGUGCCUCACGAGAUCCUGGUUGAGGACCUGGCCACUUUCUUAGAGGACGGCGAGCGUCUGUCUAAGCGGUCGGUGAUGGAACGCGACGAAUACAACUGCUCGGAGCCCCGCCAUGACAGCUACAUGACCUUCGAAGAGAUGGAAUGUUUCCUCCAGCGACUGAGCGAGAGCAGCCCCCGCGCCUCCCUCACGUCCAUCGGGAAAUCCUGCGAGAACCGAGACAUCUGGAUGGUGCACCUCCGCGCCGAGGGCCCCGCGGACUCCGACUCCGAGGAAGCCGGCGCCGUGUGGAUCGAGGGAGGCAUACACGCCCGAGAGUGGAUUUCCUCUGCAGUGGCGUUGCACCUCCUGAAGGAACUAGUGCGGGAUAACGGCAACAUUGGCCAAUUCGACGUGUACGUGGUCCCGAUGGCCAAUCCCGAUGGAUACGAGUACAGCCGCAAUUCCGACCGGCUCUGGAGGAAAAACCGAUGCAAAACGUCAAAUGCCAACUGCGCGGGAAUCGACCUCAACCGCAACUGGAACUUCCACUACGGAGUGGGCGCUUCGAACAUCGAAUGCAGCGAGGUGUUCAUGGGCACAGAGCCCUUCUCGGAGCCAGAGACGAAAGCCCUGCGAGACGCCAUGACAAAGGUGAAGGACCAGCUGAGGCUGGUGUUGUCCCUGCAUAGCUACGGCCAGCAGCUGCUCUACCCGUGGGGCUACUCCAAGCACGACAUUGCGCCGGACACCGAGGACCUGAUCGCGAAGGGUAAGGUCUUCGCCGACGCUGCCAGGGGCGCCCACAACAAGGUUUACGAGGUGGUCAACUCCGCGGGGGACCUGUACACGGCCUCGGGCGCCACGGACGACUGGGCCAAGGGCGUCCUUGGGGUCAAGUACACGUACACGCUUGAACUUAGAGACGAAGGAGAGAAUGGGUUUAUCCUCGGGCCGAGCCACAUCCUCCCCUGUAGCGAGGAGGUGUGGGAAGGCCUUAAGGCUCUUCUCAAGGAAAUCCUCAAGGAAUAAAACUACUUGAACUUUU